AUGAAUUCGGCAACUCCAGACCCUGCGGUGCUAGAUGCGCUUCGUCAAAUCCAGCACACACAAACACAGUUACUAACGGCUGUUGAGUCCCUCACCGAGAGGCCAUCGGAGGUUAGGCAUUAUCCCACACCAACCCCAGAUGGAGGGUCCUAUUCCAUAUAUUAUGCACUAGCUGUGGCCAGCAAAGAGCUUGAUAGAGACCACAGGCCCGACUACACUAAUACCGAACCCGCAACUCGUAUCGGCCCCUUCCCGCAAUGGGGAGAUCCCCAUAAGAUUGUGGCCAUGGACCCUUGGGGACACCUUACGCCAUGGACAUUCAAGAAAAUCAUGGAGGAAGAGCACGUUGAUCUACGACCAACAAUUGCUAUUACAAAAGCGCACAUGAAACUGCCUGAAUUAGAGGAGAGUGUAAAAGCCGGGAGACUCGUGCCCGAUGGCAAGGUAUGCCUGAACAAGUUAGGCGAGCUUGCUGUGACAAAAUUUGCUGUUGAACCUGUUUGGUACCUUCCGGGUGUUGCGGAAAGGUUUGGAAUUGAUGAGGCUACCCUUCGUCGGUCACUUUUCGAACAUACAGGCGGCAGCUAUCCUGAGUGCAAUGGGAGCGACGUAUUUGGAUCUGAUAUCUGCACAUGCCGUCCGUAUCUUAUUUUCGGUAUCGAGGAAGCUGUCAAAGAGGCACAGAAUGGUGGGAGUGGGGUGGUAAUUUACUUCAGAAAGGAGGGCAGAGCAUUAGGCGAAGUAACCAAGUCAUAUCAGUAUCUGGUCUACAAUGCUCGGAAACGAGGCGAGGACCGAGCUUCAGAUUAUUUUAUGAGGACAGAAAACAUUGCCGGCGUCAAAGACAUGCGCUUUCAGGCUCUUAUGCCCGACAUUUUGCACUGGCUAGGCAUUCAGAAGAUCGACAGAAUGCUGAGCAUGAGCAACAUGAAACAUGAUGCUAUCGUUAGCCAGGGCAUUCCAAUCUUAGAAAGAGUCGAGCUGCCAGAAGAGUUGAUUCCCGCCGAUUCCAGAGUUGAAAUUGACGCAAAAAUAACUGCUGGCUAUUUUACUGCUGGUAAACGCCUCACUGCUGAUGAGCUUCAAUCAGUGCAGGGGAGGAUGUGGGAAGACUAG